AUGUUCGAGACCCGUGUGGCAGAGCCAUUGGCUGUCGACACUAGAUCUGCGUUGGAGACCAAAUCCCAGACUUUCGCGACCGCCUUCGAGUGCACCGAGGAGCAGGCUUCCACCCCCACGACUGCCCCUCGGAGUCGCAGUCGUGGCAGCAGCAUCUCCUUCCGGAAAAGAGACCUCGCCGCCGAUCAGUCGCCGCAGCGACAACUAUCCGCCAUGAAUUUAUCCGCCGGGGGUCGUUACACCCCCAGCCCCGAACCGGCCCCCGCCCUGUUCGUGCGAGCCAUGUACGAUUACGAUGCCGACGACCAUACGAGUCUGAGUUUUCGCCGAGGCGACAUUAUUCAGGUGCUCAACCAGCUCGAAACCGGUUGGUGGGACGGUGUGAUUAACAACAACGUUCGGGGCUGGUUCCCCAGCAACUACUGCGUCGUGAUUACGGACCCUAGUGAGCUGGAGGAGGAACAAGAAGUGCACGGUCGCGAGGAUGGGGACAUCAGCGCCGAGUCGGGCGUCGGAGAAGAAUACGAGGAGGAGCAUGACGACGACGACGAUGUGGACUCCGCCGGCAACCCGCGCGAUUCUCAACCUGUCCUGCCCAUCGAAGGCACCGGUCCCGUGAAGGAGCAGGAGGAGGCCGCGUUCUGGAUUCCGCAGGCGACGCCCGACGGCCGCUUGUUCUAUUUCAACACGCUCACCGGAUACAGCACCAUGGAGCUCCCGUUCGAGAAUCCCGCGACAAACGAGACCGGCCCCUACGAACGCAACAAUUUCUACGUGCCCGACCAAACUCGACCUCCGCCGGAAUUGAUGGCCCGUGGCUUCGAGCGGGAUGAAGACGACUAUGACGGUUCGGCAUCGGAAGCGGAGGGCGAGUCUUUGAUGUUGGCCUCCCACGACUCCAUGUCUCGGAGACGGCAAUCAUUCAUCGACGGAGUAUCUCCCGCAACCUCUAUGGACUCGUUGCACCCUCCCUCGGCUACCAAAUCGAUCAGCGAAGGAAAAAGCUCGCAUCGCAACCUCCACCAGUCGUACGGUGCGGCUGCCACCGCGGCCAGCAGCACGGCCUCGCUCGCCGAUAACUUCCAUCGACCGUCGGUCUCGUCGGAAGCUCCGUCGCAUUUUGUCGACGACGGCGCCCUGGCUCCUUUGACCUGGCCUACGCUCAUCGACAACAUGCGAAACGCCGUGGACCUCUAUCGCCAGGCACUCAUGAACGGCGACCGCUCAGAAUAUGUGAGGCGCGCCGAGGACAUCUCCGAUCAUUUGCGCAUGCUGCUGGCUGCGGGCUCCGAUACGACCGACAACCAUUCGGGAAACCCGUCGAUCAUCUCCACCAACAAGGCCCUGUAUCCCCACUUCAGGGAUAUGAUGUCUAAGUUUUCUAAAUUGGUGUUGUCCUCGCAUAUCGCCGCGGCUGAUUGGCCCGGCCCGGAUUCCGUGAACAAGUGCCUGCAAGAAGCCGAUGGUGUCAUGCAUGGAGUUUACGGGUACGUCGACAUUGCGAGACAGCAACGCGGUGAGUCGAUCCGGCGGAUCGUCCCCGGUUUCGUCGUCGGCAGUUUCUCCGGCGGCUGCUGGCAGAACAAUGGCGUGAGCCUUAACGAGUCUGGCCCCACGUCGUUCUUGGACCAGGAUCCGGGCGAUUCUCGAAUGGAGCCCUCCGUCCCUCUUGAUGCCGCUCUGUUAGACCACAUCGAUAUCCUGCGGAGGUCCUUCGUCGGCAGCAUUCGGCGUCUCGAGGAGCGCUUGACCCUGAACCAAAAGAAGAUUGUCACGGUGACCGAGCAUGGUGUGAUCGGCGAAGCCGUCUCGGCCGCGGCGAUUAAAGUAGUGGAACAGUUCCGCCCGUGGGUGUCGGCCGUCGAAUCCAUCAAUCUGGCACCCCUGGGCACCAGCUAUCAGAAUCCCCAGUUGGUGGAUUUCAGUCUCCAGAAGCAGAGAGUCUACGAUGCGAUCGCUGACUUCGUGCUGAGCUGCCAAGCGGUUUCAGCGCCGCUGGGCGACGAAUGGGCGGAGUUGCGGGGCGAUUCGCUCGACGACCGGUUGAAUGCGGUGCGCGGCGUGGCCCGACAACUCGAGAACUACGUUUCCCAAAUUGGAUUCUCGCUCUCACUUCUUCUCGAGCAGGUCCCUGAGCCCACUUCGGUUCUCCGGAGCGACAGCCGCCUGGGCGGGGAACAAGAGAACUUCAACGGCACGCACAGCCGCGGGGAGUCGCAGACUAAGAUUGCCAAUGAAUCCAUUGGCAUUCCCUCUUCUUAUCCCGCCGAGAAGGCUUCGGACAAGGUGCGACGUAACAUGGACAAAGCCCAACGGUUCUUUGGACAGGCACCGCCCGCUGCAAUCACUCGCGAGCCCCCGAUCCGGGAACCUGUUCGUGAGCCCGAAGAAACGCCCUGGUUCCUGAAGAUGACCCACGAAGGGGAGGUCUUCUACGACACCAAGAACGACAUUCCCACCUUGAAGUGUGGCACUCUGUCUGGCCUGGUCGAGCACCUAACACGUCACGACAAGCUCGAUGCUUCUUUCAACAACACUUUCCUCCUCACCUACCGUUCCUUCACUAGCGCCUCCGAAUUGUUUGAAAUGCUCACCCAGCGAUUCAAUAUCCAACCUCCCUUCGGCUUGACUCCGGAUGAAAUGCAGAUGUGGAUUGACCGGAAGCAGAAGCCUAUUCGAUUCCGUGUUGUCAACAUCCUGAAGAGUUGGUUCGAGAAUUUCUGGAUGGAACCCAAUGACGAUGCGCACAUGCAGCUUCUCGAGCGGGUUCACGCCUUCACCAGAGACUCAAUCGCCACCACGAAAACUCCCGGAUCCCCGCAGCUUCUGACAGUCAUUGAGCAGCGCUUGCGAGGUCAAGAUACCACCGCCAAGCGACUUGUCCCAACCCAAGCGGUUGCUGCGCCAACCCCCAUUGUCCCCAAGAACAUGAAGAAACUGAAGUUCUUGGAUAUCGAUGCCACCGAGUUUGCUCGACAGCUGACAAUCAUCGAAUCGCGCCUGUACUCUAAGAUCCGACCAACUGAAUGCCUGAACAAGACGUGGCAGAAGAAGGUCGGACCUGACGAGCCGGAGCCUGCGAGCAACGUCAAGGCUCUGAUCCUUCAUUCGAACCAGCUGACAAACUGGGUUGCGGAAAUGAUCCUGAACCAAUCCGAUGUCAAGAAACGUGUCGUUGUUAUCAAACACUUCGUCAACGUGGCAGAUAAAUGCCGCGCUCUCAACAACUACUCUACGCUGACAUCCAUCAUCUCUGCGCUGGGAACGGCGCCUAUUCACCGACUUGGCCGAACAUGGGCACAAGUCAGUGGCCGGACAUCGACAGUCCUGGAGCAGAUGCGCCGACUCAUGGCGAGUACCAAGAACUUCGGCGAGUACCGUGAGACUCUGCAUCUUGCGAACCCGCCUUGCAUUCCCUUCUUUGGCGUCUACUUGACGGACUUGACCUUCAUCGAGGACGGAAUCCCAUCCCUCACGCCAUCGGAGCUGAUCAAUUUCAACAAACGCGCCAAAACCGCCGAAGUGAUUCGAGACAUUCAGCAAUACCAGAACGUCCCGUAUCUGCUCACGCCGGUUCACGAAUUACAGGACUACAUUCUUAGUAACUUACAAGCUGCAGGCGACGUACAUGACAUGUACGAUCGCAGCUUGGAGGUGGAGCCUAGAGAGCGGGAGGACGAAAAGAUUGCGAGACUGCUCUCCGAAUCAGGCUUCCUGUAA